CAGUUUUUUUGUCAUAAUGUCUAGUUAUAAAUACUUUUAAAGGCACUUUUUUAAGAACUACUAUAAGGAACAGGUUAAAUUAUUUACAAAUGGCAGAUAAAGCUAUUAUGAAGCAAAUUGCAGAACAAAAACUUAAAGCAUUUUCUAUUGGUACAAUGGGCAAAAGACCAUUAAGUAAGAAGGAAUUGGAAGAACAACGUAAAAAGGAACAAGAACAAGCUGCAGCUCAAUCAUUAUAAAUUGUAGCAACUUUUCAAGAAACACCUAAUAAAACAACAAGCAAAGUUUGGGUAAAAGCAGGGACUUAUGAUGCAGGCAAACGACAGGAAGAUACCAGAGAAAAAGGUAAACUUUAUAAACCUCAGUCAAAAAUAUCAGAACUUGUUGAUAGCAGAUCAUCUGCCGAACAAGCACAAGAAUAUGCAAGAUUAUUAGGAUCAAAUGAAAGAAAAUUAGAUAGAUUAGGGAAAAAGAAAAAGGAAGGUGAAAAAAAGAAGAGCAAUCUUGAAUUAUUUAAGGAAGAAUUAAAGAUGAUACAAGAAGAGCGUGAAGAAAGACACAAAUAUAAAGGUGUAGUGAAAAACGUUAUUUCUGCUCAGUCAGAAGAUCCAAUGUUAGCAGCUCUAAAGUGUGUUGAAGAUGGGUCUUUUGACAAUGGUGAUCCUAAUACAACGAACCUAUAUUUGGGUAACUUAAAUCCAAAGAUUACAGAACAACAACUAAUGGAAAUAUUUGGGAAAUAUGGUCCAUUGGCUAGUAUUAAAAUUAUGUGGCCCCGUAGUGAUGAAGAGAAAGCCAGACAAAGGAACUGUGGUUUUGUUGCAUUUAUGAGUCGUAAAGAUGGAGAACGAGCAUUAAAAAAUCUUAAUGGUCGUGAUAUAAUGCAAUAUGAGAUGAAAUUAGGCUGGGGAAAAAGUGUACCAAUUCCACCUUACCCUAUUUAUAUUCCGCCAGCCUUAAUGGAAAUUACACAACCACCGCCUCCAUCUGGUCUUCCAUUUAAUGCUCAACCACAUCGUCGUGACAGACACAAGAUACCCCGUAUUCGUAACGUUCAAACUGCAGAUCUCCAAGAGAAAGAAAAUUUUGAAAAGUCAGUUUUUGUUCAUGCGUUCGCAUGUUUACAAUGUAUGGACAAUGGAUGUACAUAUACAUAUACAUUUAAAAGUAUUGAUAACAAAAAUUUAGUUAUGUUGAUACAUAGAAUGGUAGAAUUUGUAAUUCGGGAAGGCCCGAUGUUUGAAGCAAUGAUCAUGAAUCGAGAACUAAAUAAUCCAAUGUUCAGGUUUUUAUUUGAAAAUUAUUCUCCAGCACACAUUUAUUAUCGAUGGAAAUUAUAUUCCAUAUUACAAGGAGAUGGACAAAAGGAAUGGCGCACUGAAGAUUUUAGAAUGUUUAAAAGUGGAAGUGUAUGGAGACCACCUCCUAUUAAUCCAUGGACGCAAGGAAUGCCCGAUGAAUUGAUCGAAAUGGAAGAAAGACAAGAACCUAGAAGGGGUAGUCUGUCAAACAGUCAACGAGAUCGAUUGGAAGAUUUAUUACGAAACAUAUCACCGGAAAGGAUAAAAGUUGCAGAAGCAAUGGUAUUUUGUAUAGAACAUGCUGAAGCAGCGGAAGAAAUUUGCGAUUGUAUUUCAGAAUCACUAUCUAUACUGCAAACUCCUGUCAAUAAAAAAAUUGCAAGACUAUAUCUCAUAUCUGAUAUUUUACAUAAUUGUGGUGUGAAAGUAAAUAAUGCUACUAUUUACCGUAAGGCGUUUGAAACUCGACUUUUAGAUAUAUUUAAUGAAGUUCAUCAAGCUUAUAAACAGUUUGAUAGUAGACUAAAGGCAGAAGGAUUUAAAGUACGUGUAAUGAGAAUGUUUAGAGCAUGGGAAGAUUGGGCAGUUUAUCCACGAGAUUUUCUUGUUAAAUUACAAAAUACUUUCCUUGGUCUUAUUUUGGUAGAUGAACCUGAACCAGAAAAUGAUGAAGAUAUUGAUGGGGCACCUUUAUCAGAUGUCGACGGAGAUGGUGCAGAAGACUUGGAUGGAGUACCAUUAGACGGUGCUGCUCUUCUUAAAGGUGCUAUGAAACAUGGUUUAACUCCACAAACAACUUCUAACUAUGAUGAUAUUGAUGGUGUACCUAUGGACGAGGAUAUAGAUGGUGUACCAAUGGAUGAAGAUGAUUCUUCAAAUAUACAGAGUAAAGAAGAUGAAAGGAAACCAUCAAUUCCAGCGGGUUUUGUACCAUCUCGUUGGGAAACUGUUGAUCCUGAUCAGGUUGAAGCACAAGCUAUGACGACUAGUAAAUGGGAAGAAUUAGGCCAAAAUGAUGAUUCAAAUUCCCAGGAUACUAGUAUGGAUUCUAGUGGUAGAGAUUACAAUGAAGAAAGAAGAAGUAGAUUGCGUGAAAUUGAAGUUAAAAUAAUGCAAUAUCAAGAUGAACUAGAAAGUGGUAGAAGGACACUAAAAUCCGGUAUGACGAUCCAAGGACAGGUAGAACAUUACAGAAAAAAACUAAUAAGAAAGAGUGAAAGAGAGAUGAAAGAUGCAAAAAGUGAGGAACGUGAUGACGAACGGCGAAGAGAAAAGAAACGAAGCACAACUCCAGAAUCUCCAAGUCACUAUAGAGAUCGAAGGCGAAAUUCGACAAGCCCGUUAUCUAAAAGUAAUAGAUACAGAUCACGUAGUAGAUCACCACGUGGUAAACGCAGAUCACGGUCACCAUACAAAAAACGAGUACCAGUAACACCAUCACCACCACGUAUUCGACGGACACCUUCGCCUUCCUUUUCAUCCAGAGUAUCUCGUAGAUCGCCUGCUAAUGAACGAAAUGACAGAAAGAGAAGAGCUAGAUCACCAUCAUUGUCACCACCACCUCCACCGCGUGCUUCAAAGCAUAGAGUUAACAGUCCUCCUUCUCCAUCGCCACGUAAACAUAGACAUAAGCAUAAAUAUUAAGUUAUGUUAUAUUAUAUUAUGUUUUUUACAUUUCUAGAAGGUAAUCGGCUGACUUCGUAAUGUAUACAUGUCAAUGGACUUA